AUGGCCACUGCUGCUGUCAAGUCCGCUGAGCCCAAGGUGAGGCCCACCAAGCCCGAUGAGGACGCUUUCAAGGCUAGCCUCGCUGAGGCUGAGAAGGAGCAUGCUGCUGUUCAGGAGAAAUUGAACCAAGUCAAGGCCAAAAUUGAAAGCGCCAAGCCCAACAACCAGGACUCGCCCGUCGCGAAGAGACAGCAGGAACUGCGCGCUGAACUUUCCUCCAUUCGUCAAAAGCAGCAGGGAUUCAAGGCUUCAAGGUCUAGUGCCCAGGAGAAAAUCAAUGCCCUCGAUGCGACUCUGAAGGCUCGCAUUGCCGAACAGAACAACUCUCGCACCCGCAUGUCCUUCAAGAACGUUGAGGAGCAUGACCGUGAGAUUGAACGCCUGGAGAAACAGGUGGACUCUGGCACUCUGCGCCUGGUGGAUGAAAAGAAGAUCCUGUCGGACAUCUCGAACAUGCGAAAGCAGCGCAAGAACUUUGCCAGCUUGGAAGAGGCUCAGAAGGGGAUCAACGACCUUAAGACUCAGAUUGCCACCCUCAAGAAGACGCUCGACAACCCCGAGGCCAAGGCACUUAGCGACAAGUACACUGAGAUCCAAAAGGAGCUGGAUGGCAUUAAGGCGGAGCAGGACAGCGCAUUCAAAAACCUCAACUCGCUGCGCGAUGAGCGUACUAAGCUCCACGCUGAGCAGCAACAGAAGUGGACCGCCAUCCGUGAGGUCAAGGACAACUACUACAAGGGCCGCAAGGCCUACAAGGAGUACGAGGACGAGGCCUGGAGAAUCCGCCGCGAGAAGCACAAGGCGCAGCGCGAGGCCUUCGAGCGGGAGAAGAAGAAGAAGAUCGCCGAUAAGAAGCUAGAAGAAGCCUCUCGGCCCGCCUACACGGAUGAGAUUCUGAUUGCCCAGGGUCUGAUCCGCCACUUCAACCCCGCCUACGACUUUGCCUCGCUCGGACUGGAUGAUAAGAAGGACCAGUCGUCCAGCUUCCGUGCUGAGGUUGGCCGUACCGUGGAUGACUCCAACAUCAAGGGUUUCAAGAUCCUGAAGAAGGAAGACCGCGAAGAGGACUACUUCGUCGGCACCGGUGGAAAGAAGGGCAAGAAGGGUAAGAAGGGAAGCGCCAACGGUGCCCCCGCUCCAGGAACCCCUACCGAGGCCAAGUUCAACCUGAACGUUGGUGUGAUUGAGGACUUUGCCAAGGUCAAGAUCGACCCCCCCAUGAACCAGGCCGAUGUGCCUGCCGUGGUUGAGAAGCUUGCCGCCAAGAUUACCGAAUGGAAGAAGGACCAGGCCUCCAAGACCGAAGAGAACAUCAAGAAGGCCCAGGAAGAAAUUACCCGCCUGGAAGCGGAAGAGAGUGCCGCUACGGAGGCCAACGGCAACUCCGACGAGAAAGAUGCGGCUACCGAUGUAGCCGAAGACCUUCAAAAGGCCUCCCUGGAGGAGACGGCCUAG